ACUCUAUGGGGCAGUUUGUAAUAGACUUUGUUACUUGUAUACCAAGACUUACGGCUAGAGUGUGAUUUAUUUGACCAAUAUUUACCAAUACUGUUCAUAAAGUUUUCAGUUUUGGUUACUUUGUUGUUUUUUUGUGCGCCAAAUUCCACGAUUCUUACAAGAUGACCGAGUCAAGUGAUUCUAACCUGGUUUCAGUGCCAUCAAUCUUAGCUGUAUCUUGUAGUGAAUCCAAAUCAUCCAAAGAUUUGAUAGCAGAUCUUCUGCAAGGUGUAUGUUCUCCAGCGCCGGAUUAUAUGGAAGAGAACAUUGAUGGAUAUAAAUGGGAUAUGAAUACGAAGUAUUACACAGCCACCGUUAAAGUUUGUGCUCCAAAGUAUCGGACGGUUCCCAGUGCUGAAUUUGCGGAAUCCGUGGAGGCGGUGAUGUUAUACUUUCGGCCGCAGUCCAGAGAUGAGUUUGUCGUUGUGCAGUCAUGGCUCCGUACUAUCGAUCAGCUUUACGCACCGACCGUGAAACUUCUAAUCUGCGAGUUUUCUGUUGAUGGCGAUGAGGUUCCUAGACAGGAACUUAUGAAUUUUUGUAUUGAUCGCCAACUGGAACUUGUGGAGCUGGCGCCUGUUGAGAUUGAUUCAGAGGAAGAAGAAUUUGGCGGAGCAAGCCAUGGAUUUGCGCGUAUUCGGAGUGCCCUGUACGCCCAUAUGUGGUCGAAUUUAACGAUGAAAGCAGAAACGCCGAGGAAUUUGAGAACCGCUCUUGACGCUGCUGCCUCUCACCAUCAGGAGGAAACUGAAAGAUCGUCUGCCAAUGUAUUGGAAGCAACUGCGGUGGAAGGAAACCAGGAAGAAAUGGGCUUAGAGGAAAGAGAAGUCGACAUGUUUGAGCAGUUGUUUUCUCGUUUGCACCAGUUCAAGUCUACGGCGGAAACCUUGUCGAACGAAGAAAGACGGUCGUAUGCCGAACAGAUAACCAAACAGUUUUGGAAAUCAAUGGGCGAUGAUUCUGAAGAAGACUCAUUAUCUGAUUAAGGGGGCAGGCUGGCGCAUUCAUACAUAUUCCAGCAGGGUCGGCUUUCAAAGUUUGAAAUUACAACCUCUGUUAUUUAGUAAACACUUAAUUUUGCUAAAGCAGUUGAUUAAAGAUUAGUGUUAUAUUUUUCCUUGUACUUCCACUUUCCAGUGAAUUUUCAUUGUUGGUUUCCGAAGAAUAUAAGUAAUAUUGUGCGCUGUAGCUGUAACUUUUAAUGAUACUUGCUGAUACCGGUGACUUUGCUCCGAUAUUAUGAUCUCUUUGUUAUUAUACUGCAUGUCUAUUGCAAAUCUACAGUUCAUUGAAGAGCAUGAUGGCGAGAGCGUCCUGAUUAAAACUGUAUUUUACUUCAUUGGUCUUGCUGAAGGUUCUUUAA